UUUACCCCGAACAUUACAACAUUCCCCGGUGAUGGAAUUUAGCAUUUUUCCAAGAUCCCAGAGAAUUCAGCAGAACAAGCUACGAUGACAGGGAAGGUUCCCUCGUUCUCCCCUGGCUGCACAGUGAGCUCCGCUCUGCCCGGCUACGUCGCUCUCUGCCUCGCUCUACAGGUUCCCAGGCUGGUGUCAGCACAAUUCACAGUGACUGGACCUAACCAUCCAAUCGCUGCCUCCCUAGAUGGGGAGGCCGUCCUGCCCUGCCACCUCUCCCCCAGGAUAAGCGCUGAGAACAUGGAGGUGAGAUGGUUCCGAUCCCAGUUCUCUGCAAUCGUGCACCUGUACCGUUAUGGGCAGGAUCAGUAUGGACAGCAGAUGCCGGAAUAUCGAGGAAGAACUGAGCUCUUGAAAGACGACAUCACCAAUGGGAGAGUUUCCCUGAGAAUACAUGAUAUCCGGCCCUCCGAUGAUGGACAGUAUACGUGUUUUUUUAAAUCCAACGUGUCUUAUGAAGAAGCUUUAUUAGAACUGCAGGUGGCAGGUUUGGGCUCUGCUCCUGCCAUCUCUGUGGAGGGACAUCAGGACGGAGGGAUCCGGGUGGUGUGUCGAUCAGCUGGAUGGUACCCAAAGCCCGAGGCUCAGUGGAGAGAUCCUCAGGGGCAGGUCUUACCAUCAGCCUCUGAAAAAAUAUCCCCAGAGGCCAAUGGCCUGUUUCAAGCAGAGAUUGUCACUGUUCUAACUGAAGAGUCCAACCAGAAAGUGUCCUGCUCUGUCAGGAACCCCCGACUCAACCAGGAGAGAGAGUCAGAGAUUUCAAUAGCAGAGACGCUGCGAUCUGAACUGGAGAGCGAGAAAGUACCUGUCCUCAUCCAGCUGUGA